UAUUAGAUAAAUAAAAAAAAAUACUGAAUUUGUAACUGAAGUAAUUACAGUGAAAUAAAUUAAUAUGGCAAGUCCUCACUCUGUGAAAGGGAAAAUGGUGUUCAGAUGUUGAAUGUGUAGUUACAGAAUUGUAACAUGUUUUGAUUUUUCAGUUUGAGAGUUGGUUGAAUGUUUACAAACAUUUCACUGUAAAGAAUGAUCUUUUACUACAGUAAGGUACAUGACAGAGAACUCCAUGACUUGUACUCUUCUCCUGUUUUUGAUAAGGUGAUUUAAACAUGAAUGAUGUGAUGAGCUAGGCAUAACACAAAAAGGAAAGUAACAACUGUUAGGCAUAUUAAUGUAACUUAUUUUUAGGUUUUCAUGGCUGGAAUAUAAUAUAUGACUGUAGCAUUACAAUCCUAGCCAAUCUGUGGUUCACUUACCUAUCAGCUUUUCAGUCAUGCUAAAUAUGAUAUUCAGCAUAUUUCAUUGUGUACUAUACUAACUGUUAACUAUGUAAACAAAAUGUAAAAUAAUUGCACCAAGAAGUUAAAUAACCUGACCAUACAUCUUGCAAAAUCAUUACAUGACAGAUUUAAAUAAAGGCCUAAAAUUGGAGCAACAGCUCCUUUCUGUGGCUGAUGCUCUAGAAUUUCACUUUCAUGGAAACGAAUCUUUAAAGCAACUGCAUCUUGUCAAUUAUUCAAGUUAACUUCAGUAUUUUAUACUGACAUUUUAAUAUUUUAUACUUUUGAAACUUUCUGAAAUACUGUUGCUGUUAACACAAAGUAAAGGUUUAUUGUAGAGCUUGUAAAUUAUUGUCAUAUAAAAUUCAGUAUGCUGAAAUGUGGUCUUCUGUGUUGUGGCACUGCAGUCUUAUGUGUGAGUACCAACAUUUCAGUGGAACAUGUCUUCAUACUCACAGGUAAUCAUUCAAAAAAUGGCCAUUUUACUGUUGACUCUUCUUAUUUUCAUGUAGAAUUUUUAUCUCCACUCUCACAACUAUAUGAAUGGCCACCUAGCUUGCAUCCUGUGUAUAUAACCCAACAAACUGCACACCCUACACGAUUCAAUGCUGAAGAUGUUCUCCAAAUGAGAAGAGGUGAUGAAGGUGGUGGUGGUGGUUGUUGCUGUUGGUCCCCCCCCCGUGGUGCUGAGAGUUGAUUAAUGGCGUUUUUGGACAAGCACGAUAGUGUGAGAAGGAGCAACUCAUAGAUAUUUUACUUACCAUAUGCACAACCUAGAAGUGAUCAAAGUUGAACCUGAUUUAGACACUGAAAGCCUGAGUGGGUCUCCCUUCUUUGAAGAUCCCCUCACUGAUGAAACUGAGGAUGCAGACCCUCUACUAAUAAAAUCAGCUGUGGUGAAGGAUGAAGUGAAACAGGAAGAGCUGUGUGAUGUUACUAAAAUCAAGGAAGAAUUGACAGAAGAAGUAACUGCAGAGGAAUGUUAUGCAUGUCAUGACAAUGUGGAGCAUUCAACCAACCAACAGUGGCAUUCAGUUAUUACUGCAGACACUUCAUCAGGAUAUGCCACUGUACAUGUUGGCAGUCUUCAGGAAGAAGAUACCUGCAGCGAGACUGAAAUGUCGUUUAAACAGUGUGGAACACAAAGAAACUGUUGUAACAUAGGAUCAGACAUUGAGGAAAGACAUACGGUUAAAAAACUGAAACAUGAUUCUAAAAAGAAGGGAAGAAUUUUAUAUAAAUGUAAAAUAUGUAGCAAAUCAAUCUCUAGAAAGGAAAAUCUAGUGAUACACAAUCGCAUCCAUACAGGAGAAAAACCUUUCAGGUGUGAAAUAUGCAAUAAAGGUUUCAUACGACGUGAUGGCCUUGUGCGCCAUACUCGGAUCCACACUGGAGAUAAACCUUUUAGCUGUGAAGUGUGCAAUAAAGGUUUUAUACAGCGUGGAGAUCUUAUAAUUCAUACUCGGACCCACACUGGUGAGAAACCUUUCAAGUGUAAAGUCUGUAAUAAAAGAUUCAAACAAAGUGCAGUGCUUGCAUCUCACUCUCGUAUACACACAGGUGAUAAGCGUUUCAAAUGUGAUGUCUGCAAUAAAGAAUUUACACAACAUGGAGGCCUUGUGCGCCACACUCGCAGCCAUUCUGGAGAUAAACCAUUUAGCUGUCAAGUGUGCAAUAAAAAGUUUGCAAUGCGUGGUGAUCUUGUGCGCCACACUCGGAUCCACACUAGACAUAAGUCUCACAGCUAUGAAGGUUGCAGUAUUGGUUUAGUGGAGUGUGGUGACCUUAACUCUUAUCCUCAUACUGGAGAGAACACUUUCAGCUCUUAAGUGAGCAACAAGUUUUGCACACCAAGGACAUCUUGCCAUCACGCUUGUACUUAAAUUGCACCCUUCAUCCUUGAAGUACACAAUAAAGACACACACACAUAUUAAUAUUAGAAACAAAUCUUUCUACUUUUAAAAUGCAACACGUGUUUCACAUUACCUGAAAAGGAAAACAGAUUAUUGUAACUUGAUAUCUUUCAUGUGGUUUGGAGAGUCUUGUUUCAAAUGUUAAAUUAUAGUAAAGGUCUUUGACACUGUGGACAUCUGGUCCAAUAAAUUUUUCAUAAUGAAGUCA